CUGCCCUUUACCCCUGGCCGCCCUGGUAAUGCUCAGCCUCGUGUGGAUCGUGGCCACUCUGAUGUUCCAGGCCUUGAGAAUCGUCGUGGCUCAUACUCUACUACAGAGUCUGCCCCUGCCACCCCGUACUACGGCGGUGCAUUUUCCAUUGUUCGCGACUAUCCUCCUCGAGUGGCUAGUCUCGAUCGGUCUUCCUAUACGACCCCGUCUCCCAACGCUACUAGCCUUGCUCCCAUUGAGACUGGCAAACCCGUACCCAUUGUCAUCUCGGACCGCACCAUUGAUGAUCUUCUCAAGAAGGAGCCGGUUGUUCCCAAAGCUGUGCCAGCUGUCUUCACUCCACCCGGCCAGAUGAAGACUCUUGAACAGAGUUUGGAGAAUCGCAUCCCAGGCAAUCGCAAUGUGUACAUUCGUGGUCUUCAUCCCACCACAGACGAUGAGCUUCUGUACCACUUUACUUCUCGCUUUGGCGCUGUUGAGACGUCCAAGGCCAUCAUCGACACUAACACUGGAGCUUGUAAGGGAUUUGGGUUUGCCAAGUUCUAUGACGUUCGCGACUCUGAACUGUGCAUUCGCGCUUUCCACCGCCUUGGUUACGAGAUUGGCUUUGCCCGGGAAUCUUUCAACUCUCGACUCAAGGCGGAAGGAGAUGAUGGCUCUACUAACCUCUACAUCUCCAACCUGCCCAAGAGCUUGAACGAAAUGGAACUUGCAACCAUAUUCCUUGGAUACCACAUCCAAUCCAGCAAGAUCCUUCGUGAUAGCAUGGGAAAUAGUCGCGGCGUCGGCUUUGCUCGCUUCGAUUCUCGAGACAUUUGCGACGAGAUCGUUCGAAAGUUCAACGGCAUUGGCAUCGGCGAGGAAGGCCUUCCAAUGAACAUUCGUUACGCGGAUACCCCAGCUCAGAAAGAGCUCAAGAGAGUCACCGCCGAGCGUCGCCAGUUCCGCACCAAUGAGUACAAUAUUGGCGCCUACGGUACUCCUCUUGUUGGCUUGAACCCUGCCUUGUAUAACCAGCAAUCUCAAUGGCGACGCAAUCUG